AUGGGACCGAAGAAAGAGUUGAAGAAGUACGAGCUAAACGAUAAAGUUAUGUGUAAACAUGGGCUGUUCUACUACGAAGCGAAAAUAACUGAAAUCACUGAGCAAGAUGGAGAACCGCUAUAUGUUGUCCAUUAUCAGGGUUGGCACAAGAGAUACGAUGAGAGAAUAACGCAGAGUGAGACAUCGGACAAGUUUCUGCCUUUCACACCUGAAAACGUAGCCAAAUGUAAAAAAGAAAUUCAAGAGGCUCAGUCAUCCAAAGUUAAAAGAAGAAAAACCAAGGACGGUAAUGACGACGAUUAUGUGGCCCUAUGUGAUAACGCAGCGUUGCGCAAGUCCCAGAUCAAUCUUCCUCGCAAAUUCUGGUUGGGCUGGCACUGGUACCAGCUUCUUUACAAAUUCGAACGUCCUCAGUACGCAGCUGAAAUAGAAAAAGCCGUGGGAUCAAGUGAUUCUGUAAACAGGAAGAGGAAGUCACAAUCAUCACCUGAUGAUGUUGGAAAUGCUCUGAUUCCAUCAAAACUCUACGGUCUUCCCCAUCUGCUUCGGCUAAUUGUAAGACUGACAACUCUUCUCCGCGAUGUGCCGUGGAACGACACUAUUUUCCGGGAUAUCAUAAAGUGUACGCAACAUCUCAUCGGAUUCUUGGAAAGAAACUACCAGAAGUACUACAGCAUUGAAAAUGACUACGAGAAUACCACACCGGAAUAUCAGAAAACAGCAUGGGCAUCAACAUCGUGA